CCCAUGGGGAAUGAUCCCUCUGAAUUCAGUGAUGAAACUGUGACUUCUGACUCCAGUGUCAGAGAAAGGAAGAGGGACAGAUCAGAGUCUCCAGAACCCAGUGGUGUGUCUGUGAAGAGUGGCAGGUCCAUGGAUAAUCCCAUUGUAUUCAGUGAUGGACCAGUGAUCCCUGACCCUCUGAAGGAGGUAUGUGGGCCGAUCAGAUCUGUACCAUCCUCUGCAUCCCACUUUCAGACUCGCAUCAGGCAGGACAACACUGAAGCAGUUCUGCAGAGACACACAAUGGAGACUGCAGACCUGCAAAUAGUCAAAGACCAGCACAAAACCAGCAUGAAGAACAAGUAUGAGCACUUAUUUGAGGGAAACACACUCCAAGGGAAUCAAACCCUCCUGAACAGGAUCUACACACAACUCUACAUCAUAGAGGGAGAGAGUGAAGGAGUGAAUAAAGAACAUGAGGUUUUACAAUUGGAGACAACAGCCAGAACAAAACAGUCACAAGACACUCCAAUUGACUGCAAUGACAUCUUUAAAGCCUCAUCUGAACCAGGAUUUGAGAAGAAAGAGCAAAUCAAGACCGUUCUUACUAAAGGCAUCGCUGGAAUUGGAAAAACCGUCUCUGUGCACAAGUUCAUUCUGGACUGGGCCGAGGGAAAAGCCAAUCAGCAUGUAGAUUUCAUGUUUGUGCUUCCAUUUCGAGAGCUGAACUUGAUUAAAGAUCACCAGUACAGUCUUCACAGACUUCUGCUGGACUUUCAUCCUAAACUUCAAGAUCUGGACUCAAAGAUUUAUGAUGGAUGUAAAGUUGUGUUCAUCUUUGAUGGCCUUGAUGAAAGCAGAAUCACACUGACGUUUUCAGACGGUGUGAAAGUUUCUGACGUGAAUGAGUCUUCAUCAGUGGCUCUGUUGAUGUCAAACCUCAUCAGAGGGGAUCUGUUUCCCUCUGCUCUCAUCUGGAUCACCUCCAGACAAGCAGCAGCCAAUCAGAUCCCUUCUGAAUACAUCAACCGUCUGACAGAAAUUCAGGGAUUCAGUGAGCCUCAGAAGGAGGAAUAUUUCAGGAAGAAAAUCAGUGACGAGCAUCAAGCCAGCAGAAUAAUCUCACACAUCAGAAGAUCAAGAAGCCUCCACAUCAUGUGCCACAUCCCAGUCUUCUGCUGGAUCUCAUCCACUGUGCUUCAGAAGCUCCUGGAAGAAGAUCUGAGUGCAGAAAUCCCUCAAACUCUGACUGAGAUGUACAUCCACUUCCUGCUCAUUCAGAUCAAUAUGAGGAACCAGAAGUAUGAAGAGAGAGAUCCAGAGAAACUCCUGCAGUCCAACAGAGAAGUGAUUGUGAAACUUGCUGAAGUGGCUUUCAAACAGCUGAUGAAGGGCAAUGUGAUGUUCUAUGAGGAGGACCUGACUGAGAGCGGCUUAGAUGUCACAGACUCAGUGGAUUUGGGGAUUUGCACUCAGAUCUUUAAGGAGGAAUCUGCCAUUAAUCAAAAGAAAAUCUACAGUUUUAUUCAUCUGAGUGUUCAGGAGUUUCUCGCUGCUUUCCACGUGUUCUACUACCAUGUGAAUACAACUAUGGAAGAACUGAAGAAUUUUGCUUCAGUACAAAAUUUGCUUAAAGGUGCUGUAGAUAAAGCUCUUGAGAGUGAGAAUGGCCACCUGGAUCUGUUCCUGCGGUUCCUGCUGGCCGUCCCACUGGAGUCCAAUCAGCGACUCUUACAGUAUUUACUGACACACAAGGAGAACAGCUCAGAUAGCAUCAGGAGAACCACACAGUACAUUAAAGAGAAGAUCAAAGAUGGACAUGGACUCUCCACUGAAAGAUCCAUCAAUCUGUUCCUCUGUCUGCUGGAAGUGAAAGAUCAGACUCUGUCCAGAGAGAUUCAGGUGUUUGUAAAAUCAGACAAACACUCAGAGAAGAAACUCUCUCCUGCUCACUGCUCAACAAUCUCCUACAUGCUUCAGAUAUCAGAAGAGCCGCUGGAUGAGCUGGACCUCAAAAAAUACAACACAUCAGAUGAGGGUAGAAGAAGACUGAUACUAGCUGUGAGCAACUGCAAUAAAGCUCUUCUUGCUGGUUGUAAUCUCACUGCUCAGCAUUGUGAAAUUGUAUCAUCAGCUCUACAAUCCUCAAAUUGUAGAGAGCUGGAUCUAAGUAACAAUGACCUGCGUGAUUCAGGAGUGAAGCUGCUCUCUGAUGGACUGAAGAGUCCAAACUGUCAGCUGGAAAUACUGAGGUUGUCUGGCUGUAUGGUGACAGAGGAAGGCUGUGGAUAUUUGUCUUCAGCUCUGAGUUCAAACCCCUCACACCUGAGAGAGCUGGAUCUGAGCUACAAUCACCCAGGACAAUCAGGAGUCCAGCUGCUCAACCACAAACUGGAGGAUCUAAACUGUGCACUAGAGAAACUCAAUUUGGACCAUGGAGGAGAUUUCAGGAUCACACCAGGACUGCGAAAAUAUGCAUGUGAUCUCACAUUGGAUCCAAAAACAGCACACACUCAACUCACUAUCUCUAAAGAAAACAAAACAACAUCAUAUGUGAAAGAGCAGCAGCCGUAUCCUGAUCAUCCAGAGAGAUUUAAGAGCCUUGAACAGGUUCUGUGUCAAGAGUGUUUAACUGGACGCUGUUACUGGGAGGCUGAAUUGAUCAUACGGGGCCAUGUAGCAGUGACAUAUAAGGAAAUCAACCGGAAGGGUGGGAUUGACUGUCGGUUUGGACUCAAUGAAAAGUCCUGGUGUCUUUACUUUUCUGAUAGGAUUCAUACUGCCUGGCACAAUAAUGUGAGCACAAACAUUCCUCUAUCUUCAUCCCCAUCUAAUAGAGUAGGAGUGUAUCUGGACUGGUCGGCUGGCAUUCUGUCCUUCUACAGUGUCUCUAAUGCGCACACUAUCACGCACAUAUACACAUUCAACACCACAUUCACUGAACCCCUCUAUGCUGGAUUUAGGCUAUAUCCUGAUUCUUCAGUGUUUCUAUGCCCAAUUUAAAUCAUCAGGUCAGGAAACACAGAGACAUUUCCAUUUUAGACAUUGUAUUGUACGGUGAUUUUGUACACUAAUUUUUAGCUUUUCUUUAGAAAGUCUUAAUAUUCUUUGAAAAGUCUUAAUAUCUUAAUCUGUGGAGCAUUAUUAGUAUUAUUUGAGCUCAUCUAUCAUAGUCUCAAGCCAUUUUGAAUGUUAUCAUUUAGCCUAUUAUUUAUCUUUAUCC